AUGAUUCCAGAUGGAAGCUCAGAGCUACAGGAAGUAAUGAAGAACAAUGGUCAGCACUUGUUUAGUGCCCAGCACAGAGACCUGACCAGACAGAGUCGGCGUCGGACGACUGCCGACGACAGUUUGAUGGAACGCUUCAUGCAGGAUGUGCUGGACCACCACCCAGACAACUACCAAGACAACAGCUCUGCACCAAAUGAGGCAGCAGCAGCACCACCACCAGCAGCAGCAGCAGCAGCAGCUGAGUCACCGGAAGUGAUUGUUUUGGAUGAUUCGGAUGAAAAGGAGGACGACAGUGCAGAGAGCAGCGGAGAGAUGCUCUCCGAGGAUUCGGAGUCUGUUGAAGAGAUAGAGUGUAGACCUGGCACUUCUCAGGAAUGUGCAGAGGUUGCAGUCCGACCAUCGGUUAUUCAAAGGCUGGAGCGGGGACAGCAGCAGUCCUUGGAGUUGGCUCAUAAGGCUGAGAGUGGGGUGAAAACAGUUAAUGCGGUUGGUGUUGCUCAGGCUACAAUUAGCGGAGAAGAGUCAGUGCGUCCCCCAGUGAUUUGUAAUGCUCCUGCCAGCUCUUUGCCUAGAGGCUCUGUCGAGAGACCAGUUGCGGCUAACAGUGUUCCUCGGUUAGCACUGGCAGUGGCUUCAGAUUCCUUUCCAGCUUGUGACACAGAGAACCUUGACACAUACUUUGACCCCCCAGAUCAGGGCUCUAGCAAUUCACAGUCUCAACCCAAAGCAAAAGAUCCAAAAAAGAAAUCUUUAAGUAUUAAUUUAGACAAAUUGCUUGCACAGAGAGAUCUCAGAGCUAAGGGUGCGUCUUUUUCCCCUGUUGUACGAGUGCGUGAGCUAACAGGUGCCGAGCUUUGUUCUCUGAGAGUUGAGUCGUCUUCUGAGACAGGGGCAGGCGCAGCAGGAAACCUCAGUGAGACUGACACACCCUCAGAUGCAGCCCGUGAAGGUGCCAUUCCAAAGCGUCGUGAGGCAUCUCGUUCAAAUGUAGUUCAUCCCCAAGAAGAAACAAGUUUGGUUUUCAACAGGCCAGCACUUCUGAAACAAACGUGCUCAGUGAGUUCUGAAGUGCAGCUCAAUCGUGGCUCUCUUCAGCCAGUACCUGGUCAUCCCCAAGCUGCCGUAAGUGACUUAAGUCAUUUGGAGGAAGAAGAGGAGGAGGAGGAGGAGGAGGAGGUUGACCUAGAGUAUGAGAGCUAUGAGUCUGGAGGUUCUGACAUGAGUUUUGAUUGUGCGUCCUCUUGCCAGUCACCAAGUCCGCUGUCUGAACUGAGCCCUAUAGAAAUAAACGAAUCAGAAGAAGCACAGGCUGAUGUCCAGCCUAGCGAUGAAACAUCUACUGUUUCCGGAGCAACUUCCGAUAAUGGCAGCAGUUCCCGUCAGGGGCAUACCAACCGUUCUCAAGUGAUUACACAGAACACACAGCUCAUUCGUUUGGUUGAUGAAAGCUAUGAGUCUAGUGGCUCUGAAGUGAAUUUCGAUGGCGAGGACUCUCUUCCGUCCACCAGUCACGGUCUCCCACUACUGGCGGCAGCAAACCUUCCUACACAGAUGGCUGUCCGCUUGGUUGACAGCUAUGGAAGCGGCAGCUCUGAGCGAUGGGAGGAUUCUGGGUCCUCAGCUGAUGAGAUUCCAGCAGCAGUGGGACAACAACCUCUGAAUGCCACCCAUGCACACCUGGUUGAUGAGAACUACGGGUCAAGUAGCUUCAGCUCUGAUAGUGAUGCAGCUCCCCAAAUGCCUGCUCAAGAAAGAAGCCCGAGAGACAGAGAUGCCCAACAGCAAGAUGAACGCCAACCCAGCAGUGCUGGUGCACGUCCUGAGCGUGAUGAGCCCCAGAGAGAAGCAGAAGAACUCAGUGUUCCCAGCCAGAGUGCCAGCCAUGGGGAUAUGAACUGUGAGUCUCAUGGUCCUGAAAUGGGUUUUCAUGCUGAUGCUCAAUUAGAGGCUGACCAAUCUCCAGUAAAUCCUGAGGAAAUAGAUGUUGACUUAGAGGACCAGAGUGUUCACUCUGGCAUUUCUAAUCUAAGUUUUGAUUCCCAUGCUUCUUAUCAGUCAGCUAAUGAUGAACCUCAAGGGGCUUGGGAUGAAGUAAAUCUUGAUGAGUUAAAUGCUGACAUGGACGCUAAGAGCUAUGCCUACUCCAGUUCUGAGUUGACGUUUGAUUCCGACUCCCCUCUUCUGUCAGCUGCUGAGCAGUCUCUGCUGGAUGUUGAAGGACUGAACGAAGACGACUUUGACCCGGACGGAGAGAGCUGUGUGUCAAGUAGCUCUGACAUAACCUUUGACUCCGACAUUCCUGAUGACUCAGUAGCUGACCAGCUUCGAGUAGCUGUUUAUGAGGAGGAACCUGUUGAUCUGGAAAAUAAGAGUUACGAAUCUUGUGUUUCUGAAAUAACAUAUGAUUCUGAUAUUCCUCUUCAUUCAGGAAAUGAUCACCCUGAAGUAAUCAUUCAGGAAGAGGAAAGCGCUCCCUUAGAAGGGAAGGACGACAACCCCAGUGGUUCUGAAAUAGGUUUGGAUUCUAAUACUAAAAAGAUAAAUUCCCCUAACGAAGAGCAGGUACACAUACAACAAAAGGAAAAUGAACCUACUGAUUCUGAACUAAGUUUGAAUUGCGAUACUCUUAACUCAAAGCCUGGACGUUCUGAAGAUCCCAUGACAGUUCGUGUUUCUGAAACAGGACUUGAUUCUUGUACCCCCUUUCAGUCAGUCAUUCGCAAAGGUGAAGUAACUGUCAAAAAUGUAUGCCCUCAGCAAGAGACGCAUGCUCACUUGCCAAGUCAAAGUGCAGAAUCUCAUUCUGAAAUCAGCUCCGCUUCUUCUGCUUCUCAUCCAGUGGCAGAACCUUAUGUAGGGAAGAAAGCCAAGAGAAAGACGAAGCAUCUGGAGGAAGUCAGGAGUGACGACGAGUAUGGCGACUCUCCGCCAGCUGCUUGGAAAGGGGACCAUGUUGACUCAAAAGAUGAAAGUACUGAGCCUAGAGGAACUGGAGGAAAUCUCAGUGCUACUGGUUGUCUUGAUUCAGCCAUCAGCCAACCUCAGCUAGCUGUGAACGAAAACCAUGUUGAACCAGAAGACAAAAACAGCAGACCCGGUGAUUCUGAAGCAGAUGCUGAUUCUGCCGGCCACUUUCACUCACUGCCUCAAGAGGAUGACGUGAUCACAAAGAUGAGCGAGUGGAAAGAAGAGGCAAAGGUUCUCGAAAAGAAGAUCAGUGAACUUAUUUAUUCAAAACUAAUACAUGAUUCGACUGCCUCUUUUCCUUCUGCAAUGGAUCAACUUGAACUAGCUCUUAAACAAAUAAAUCUUGACAGUAAUGAUCAAAUGUCCAUGGAAAACAGCAGCCAGGAUGCCAGUUCUGCAGCAAACUUGGAUUCUGACGUCUCCGUCCAGUCAGUAGCUGCACCACCUGAGACAGCUGUUUUGGAGCCUGAACACGCUGAACUUGAAGGUAGGAAUCACGGGUCUCGUGAUUCUGAAGUAAGCUGCGAUCCUAACGACUCUGUCCAGCCAGAGGCCGAUCAGCACAGUGACAGCCAUGAAAACAGAGGUCAGAUGGAGAAAGAUGACCUGGAAGGUGAGGAGGAUGAAGUGCAGGGUUUUGGAGUCACAAGUGCUUCCAGUAUCCCUCAGUCAUUGGCUGGCCAAACUGAAGUUGAAGUAGUUCAGGAGAUCAGCUGCUGGGAAGAUUGCGGUGAUUUGGAAGAUAACACUGUUGAAUCUAGUGACUCAAAAAUGAACUUCCAUUCUGAUGAACCGCUUCAGUCUGUGCGUAAUACAGUUCAAGAGUCUGCUCAAGAAAUAAACUUACUGAGGGGACAUGUUAGUCCACAUGAUAGUGACUGUGAGCCCUGCAUCUCUGCAAUAGUGCCCAUUUCAAACGUCAUUUUUUGCUCAGUAAUUCAGAAGCCACGACAUUUGCCUGAAACGAGCAUUGAUCCCUGUGAUGGUCCUGAUUCCAGUGAUCUUUGCCAGUCAGUAGCAGGCUGUCUUCAAAAACCUGUCCAGGAAAUGAACCUGAAGGAAGACCGUAUUUACCUGGAAGAUAAGAGCUACAAGCUCGUUGAUUUAGAACCAACUUACUAUCCUGAUGAUCCUGUUCAGUGUGUGACAGCUCCAUCUGUGGACAGUGUGUCUAUCAGAGAAGUAGACGUGCAAAAAGAGAAUCAGAAUGAUGUAGAAAAUGAGGCCUUUCAGCCAUGUUGUUCUGAAGUAGCGUGCUGUUCCAGUUCUCAUCUGCAGUCCGACGUUGGCCCACCUCCAGUGUUUUGCAGAGAAGCAGACCCCGAGAGGAAUGAGCUUGGCACAGCGGGGCCCAGCGAGCCUGAAGUGCUGUACGACUCUGACGUGUCUUUUCAGAUAGUAGUUAACCAGCCUCAAACGUCCGACGGAGAAGCAGAAUCCCCACAGGUGGUGCUGUUGAAUGUUGUACCCAGUGACAGUGAUUGUGACCGGGAAGUCAUUUCUGAUUCAAAUAUUUCUCUUCAGCUAGAAACCAAUGAUACAAAUACAGAUUCUGCUGGGCCGGCAACAAUGGGAAGGUCCUACUGUAGAUUCUGUCGUUGUGAUUAUGAAGCCUCUCAGUCAGUGACAAAUCAAUCCAAGGAAAGUUUCAGAAUAAUAAAUCGGAACAACGACUAUAUUAUUCUGGGAGAUCCCACUUGUCCGUCCUGUGGUCAUGAGCUCUGUUUCACUGCUGAUUCCUCUGAUCAGCCCUCUACCAGCCAGUGCCUCGUGUCUGACCGUGCCCGUGCUGCCCCAGAGGAGCAGAGCCCCCAGCCUCACUGCUCUAGCAGAAGGUUCAGUCCGGAAGAUACGACUCGGCCAGUGACUUGCCAGCCGCAGGCACCAGCCGCAGGCACCAGUUUUUGGGAAGUUCCAAGAAAUGUUGCCAUUCAAGACAGGAGCUGGGCACCAAAUAGUUUUGCAGCUCGGCAUGCUGCCCGUGCUGUGUCGGUGAUCCGCCCGACCUCUGUGAAGCACAUCCCUUUGAAGAUUCCAGAUGCAGAUCCAGAACCCGAGCGUCGUCGGGCUGAUGGACCUGAACUGGACCCUGACCAACCUCAGCCUGCUAAGAAAAGCCGCGACCUUAAGAAGGUAACUUUUGACAUGAGAGUAACCAAGUACGAAUAUCUACCAUAUCCUUGGUACCCGGAAGAGUAUGCACAAGCGUAUGCAGAAGAGUAUGCACGAGAGUAUGCACAAGUGUAUGCAGAAGGGUAUGCACGAGAGUAUGCACAAGUGUAUGCACAAGGGUAUGCACAAGGGUAUGCACAAGAGUAUGCUGAGGGGUAUGCACAAAGGUAUGCACAAGCGUAUGCACAAGAGUAUGCACAAAGGUAUGCACAAGCGUAUGCACAAGAGUAUGCACAAGCGUAUGCACAAGCGUAUGCACGAGAGUAUGCACGAGAGUAUGCACAGGGGUAUGCAGGAGGGAAUGCACAGGAGUAUGCACAGGAACAUGCAGAAGGGAAUGCACAGGGGAAUGCAGAAGGGAAUGCACAGGAGAAUGCAGAAGGGAAUGCACAGGGGAAUGCAGAAGGGAAUGCACAGGAGAAUGCAGAAGGGAAUGCACAGGGGAAUGCAGAAGGGAAUGCACAGGAGUAUGCACAGGAACAUGCACAAGGGAAUGCACAGGAGUAUGCACAGGAACAUGCACAAGGGAAUGCACAGGAGUAUGCACAGGGACAUGCACAGGAACAUGCACAAGGGAAUGCACAAGAGUAUGCACAAGGGAAUGCAGAGGAGAAUGCACAAGAGUAUGCACAGGAGCAUGCAGAGGAGCAUGCAGAAGAGCACGCAGAAGGGGAUCCUAAUGAACUGGUUCAUGAAGCCUCACCUCAAGUCCCUCCGCCAUUUGUUGAAGAAACUCAGUCUCAGGUGAGCGGAGAUGAGGCAGAAACACACACACAGGACUUUCACGGUCAUCUCUACGGUUACUACCACGGUUGCCCUGAGACUGAGAGGGGCUCCCCAUCGGUUCACGCCGCCGCCGCAUCGGUUCACGCCGCCGCCGCAUCGGUUCACGACGCCGCCGCAUCGGUUCACGACGCCGCAUCGGUUCACGCCGCCGCAUCGGUGUACAGUGAAGGUGACGCUGGAGACGCCGAGGACAAACCGUCCUGUGCCCCCGCGGAGGGCCGCUGUGUGGUUUCUCAGGACCAGGUGGAAGGAGUCAGGCCUGGAACCCAAGCAAGUCCUGGGAAGAAAAGAAAGAUGGCCGGACAAGAGGGAGAGCUGCCGAGAAAGAAGCAUUUCUACCAUGACAGCCAGAAAAAGGAAAAAGCCCCGAGUGGGAGCAGCGAGUCGCCUGCAGCCCCGACGGCGCCCGUGCAGCCCGAUUCCUUGGUCUCCAUUUUCUCCUCUCUGUGUAUGACGGAAGGUCAGUCUUUGAGCCAACCUAAGGCGAAGCCUGGCAGCAAUGGGGCCUCGCAAGCCGCUCCCAGCCGACCACCUACGACAGCCGUGAUUAAUGCUCCGCAGAACCCGACGGGACCGGCCGGUGACACAGCUGAGAAAGCUGGCGGGGACCCCGGUCAGAGCGGCGCCAGCGCCAGCGCCAGCGCCAGCAGGCCGAGCGUGCCUUCGUCAUCCAUCAUGGCAGCGCCCAAGAAAAGAACCAUUCAAAGGUUCCUCGAGGAUCAGUCUGCAUCUGCAGAAAAGCCGGCUGUGGGCGCUGCUGAAACUCCCAAGACUGAUUCCCAGCAGACUCGUUUGAAUCGUGACAGUGCCAAAAUGUUUCUCAAGUCAAUCAAAAAGGAGCUUUUGGAGAGUAAAAAUCAAAAGAAAUUUUGGAAAAAGAAGAUGGCAGCUACACAUCUCAAAAUGUGUUUACUCAAAAAUGCUUACAAAACACUGAUUCUCCGGAAAAAAUCAAAACUAGCUUCAGAAAAACUGGCUAUGUGGAUUCAGCUGAAAGCGACCGAUAUCCGUAGGAAGUACGGUAACAGAGGCCCUGGUGUGCGCCGGAAGCAUCAGUCAAAGACUGUUCUUAUUCGAAAGCAGCUGAGGAAGAAGAAGAUGGUCGCCAGGAAGAUAAAGGAGGCCAAGAAAGCAGCCGAAGAAGCGCGCUCCCGGCUGAGCCUCUCCAUCAGCCCGGCCGUGGCUGAAGAGCCCCAGUCAAGCGCAGCUGCAGGGCCCGCCGAGCUGCCUGCCAGUCUUCCUGAGGCUGCAGGAAGAAAGCGCUACCGGAAAAAGUACUACCGCAGAAAGAAGCUCCUUCCUGUGAGAGAGUAUGACCUGAGAAGCUCAAGUUCCGCCUCCAGCUCCGACAGGAUGGUGACGCGGCUUGCAAGCAAGUCGAGAAGCAGUGAGGCCAAGUGA